CGCGCCUUAUUUUGCUCGCAGUUCCGAGACAGAGACAAGCCGAGAUGGAGGAGCUCUCUGGUCCGGUGAUUGAAGAGAGGCGCCGUCUUUGCACUCAGUUCGCCAGUGUCACCAGCACCGACGAUGCGGUUGCCCAGUGCUACCUUGCAGAAAACGAUUGGAAUUUAGAGCGAGCAGUUCAUUCAUUUUUUGAGUCUUCUGUGGUGCUUAUUCCCUCUGCUGAGCCAAAUACAAGCAAGGAGCACAGUGUAAAGAACGAACUGGAGACUGUGGCUUGUAUUGAUUUGACUGAAGAUGAACCAAAUGACUGCGCCAGCAGUAGCAGUGGUGAUGCAAAAAAUACCAAUGAGCAACUGGGGAACAAGGAUAACAGCAGUUUUUCACUGUUAACCUGGAAUAUUGAUGGGCUUGAUGAGUGUGAAAUCAUUGAACGUGCUCGAGGUGUAUGUUCUCUCAUAGCUCUGUAUGAACCAGACAUUGUAUUUUUACAAGAAGUAAUACCUCCAUAUUUGGGAUAUCUGAGGAAAAGAGCAGUCAGUUACACAAUAGUAGCAGGAAAUGAUGAAUUUUAUUUUAGUGCAAUUAUGUUGAAGAAGUCCCGUGUAAAACUCAUUAAUACAGAAAUCAUAGAUUUUCCAACUACACAGAUGUUGAGGAAUUUGCUUACUGUGAAAGCCAGCUUUGGUGACAGAGAGCUGUAUCUGAUGACAUCCCAUUUGGAAAGUACUAAAGACCACUCUGCUGAAAGGAUCAAACAACUUAAAACUGUCCUUAGGAAAAUGAAAGACAUCCCUGACUCUGCUAUAGUGAUCUUUGGAGGAGACACCAACCUGAGAGAUCAAGAGGUUACAAAAAUUGGAGGAUUGCCUGACAACAUAUGCGAUGCAUGGGAGUUUGUUGGAAAACCUGAACACUGCAGAUACACGUGGGACACAACUACAAAUAGCAAUAAACAGGCCAGGUAUAAGUGCAGGCUACGCUUUGAUCGAAUAUUUUUUAGAAGAACUCAGAGUGGAAUGCAGGUGACACCACAUGAUAUGGACCUAAUUGGACUUGAUAAGCUGGACUGUGGCAGAUUCCCUAGUGAUCACUGGGGAAUAAUCUGUAACUUUAAUAUUUAGCACUCGGUUCACAAAAAAUUGUUCUUUUAAUGUAUUAAUAAAAUCUUUUAACGUUGCCUUUUAUAGGAUAUUUUUAAGUUGAAAUGAUUUGAUAUUAUGUAAGGCAUUCCAUGUUUUUUAAAUUUUAUGGAGUAUUUUGUGGGUGUUUAUUAAAAUCUGCUGCAGAAAUCUUGAGAAACGCUGCUAAAUAUACUGUUGUCAUUUUGUAGAGAAUGGGUGACAAGGAUAGAGACGGCAAAUAAGAGCAAUCAUUUUAUAGGUGGGAAGAAAGUCUGGAAGUGAAACCCAAGUCUAGAACUGGGUAACUGUCACAUUAAACUAAAAUAUUGUACAUUUAUUUUUCAGCAAAUGUUUCUCUGAAUGUAGAAUUAAGGCCAGUAAGUGUCUGCUACUGACAUCUGAUCAAUGUGAAACUGUAUAAUUACAAAAGCAUACAAAUGUAUAAUUAAAAACCACAAAAGUUAAGCAUAAAGUGUGCUGAUCCUAGAGUUCUAUAUUACAGAAGUGUCGGCUAAUUCCAGACAGUUACCCAGAUCAGAGACUUGGACCUGAAUUAGUGGAGGUACUAUUUGGGGGAAUGGGGGGAGGGACUAUUCUUCUUUAUGCUUCUUUCCGAAUUUAAAAUUGUGUAAUUACUGCUGACUACUGACUGACUAUUGGGGAGCUUCAAUCAGUAUGAAUAGCAAUAUUUUAUUAUAAAGCAUAUUUAAACACAAUAAAUGUUGACCAAAGUGCUGUACAUAAAUUUCACAAUAAAAAAAAAUUAAACGCAUAAAAAUGGUAAAUUAAAAAUAAUUAAAAAAACUCAUCUCACCAAACCGUGUAAAGGCUAUAAUAAAAACAUGAUUUUACUACUUUUAAACAUCACCAUAUACUUUGCUCAUGACUGCAGCAUCCAGGUUGAUUUAAUGUAAAUGGGUGUUUCAGGGCUGACCUUCACUUCAGUGCAUGAAUGUGUAUAAUGGAUCAACCAUACAGAGUUUACUGUACAUGAAUAUAUACACUGCGACAUGACCCAAGAUGCAGCGUAAAUAGUGUACACCAAGCAGUAGUACACUAACAACCCGUAGAAUGCAUGUAGAAUCUGAUACUGAAGUAACAGUAAGACUUAACUUACCGACCCAAUAAAACUUUUGCGUAAGGGAUUUAUUUAUUUAUUAAUUUACUUAUUUUUUUGCCUCACAGGCAGUAUUUGAUUUAGGCUGAAUAGCACCCUCUGGACACCACAAUUGACACAUGUGGUGCCAGACAUACCUACUUAACCAAUAAAAACUGGCACAUAACAUAGUAAA